UAUCAACAUGAGGGUUAGAAUGGUCUCUCGCUUAAUUGUUCUCCUAGUUUUGAGUUUUGAGUUCCGGACAAAGUCUUGAACCUAAAUGCUCCAAGUUUGAUUACGAGGAGAAAUUAUUAACGAAAGUUGUUAAAUUGGAGUUUGAAAUCAGCGACUUAAAGAAGAAAGUGGGAGAGGUAGAUGCCAUUCGCAAAGAAUUUACACAGAUGCAGAGUAACCAUGGAGGCGGAACUUAUGUGAGAUGGGGGCGGACCAGCUGUCCUGGAAAUGGAACCGAGACCGUCUACAAAGGUUACGUCUGUGGGUCGUAUUACACACAUAAAGGAGCCGCUGCAAACUUUUUGUGUCUGCCGGAAACGCCAGAGUGGGGUCAUUACAAUGACAAGACUGUUAACGAUUCCGCAUUCGUAUACGGCGGAGAAUACCAGCUAAACAACAGAGAAAGCGACCACGGUUUCUUUGGUAACAUCCACCAACAAGAUCCCCAUUGUGCCGUCUGCCGCACGAGCCGGAAGUCAGUGUUAAUGAUUCCCGCCAAGCUGAAAUGCUUUGACGGCUGGACAAUGGAGUACAACGGGUAUUUGGUCGCGGGAUCCACACUACAUGAUGCAUCAACCGAGUACAUCUGCCUUGAUGGAAAACCUGAAGUGGUUCCCGGAAAAGGCGAGAACCAGAACGGGAAGCUAAUGUUCCUGACGGAAGCGCGUUGCGGUUCAUUGCAAUGUCCUCCUUACAUCAACGGCCGGGAAUUGACGUGCGCCGUGUGCUCACGCUAGCGUAUUGAUUAACAAUUAAGAUUUGUGUUCUUUUGAUGGUUUGUGAUUCAAUGAAAAACAAUUGAACAAUACAUUAGUUUGUUUACUUUGCAGAAUCAAGUUCAUUAGCAUACAUAAUUUAUGAUUGUAUGCAUCACUUUAGUGCAUUCUACUAAAAUUACACUCAUACAAUUUUACCUCCCAUUUCUUAAUUUUGCUUUUUCUAUAACCGUCAAUUGGUCAUAUUCCCAAUAUCAUGACAGCAAGAGCGAAAAUUCCCAAUUUAUGGUUGACUGCCAAUUGUUCCGAAAUACAUGCGUAACCUGUAAGAGAAGAAGUAAAUACAUUAAAGUUGAUAAUUUUAUUAUACAUGUGCACAUGCUAUUAAAUGAACGUUUGUAUAUGUGUAAGUAACUGUUCUACUGCCUU